CGGCGGCGUUUUCCCUCCGUUCACCCGCCCGUCGGCCCGCAGCUGAGCUGUGCCUAAGGACGGUCGGUGGGCAGCGGCGUCCGUCCUGUCCGCGUGCAGGCCAUGGCGUGGGCUGCGUCAUCGGUGCCCACCGAUAAAUCUCGGUUCAUCUGUAUAUAUCCAGCCUACAUAAAUAAUAAGAAGACAAUAGCAGAAGGAAGAAGAAUACCACUUGAGAAAGCAGUUGAAAAUCCCACAUCUACAGAAAUCCAGGAUGUUUGUGCAGCAGUUGGACUUAAUGUACUUUUGGAGAAAAACAAAAUGUAUCCCAGGGAGUGGAACCGUGAUGCUCAGUACAGAGGUAGAGUGCGUAUUCAGCUCAAGCAGGAAGAUGGAAAUCCAUGUCAACCACAGUUUCCAACACGUAAGGCAGUGAUGCUGUAUGCAGCAGAAACAAUCCCCAAACUGAAAACAAGGACACAGAAAAUGGGAGGCAGUGACCAAAGUCUACAGCAAGGGGAGGGAGGCAAAAAAGGCAAAGGAAAGAAGAAGAAAUGAACAUGAGUGGCACAAAUACUAUACAUUAAAAUGAACGUGAAUGCGGGGAAAUAAAGAAUUGGGAUGUGAACACUGGACAAAUGAGAAAGGUCAAAACUCUUUAUGUUAAGACUCUGAACAAGAAUGGAUUUAACAUGCAGCUAAUUACAGCUGAUCCAUUUGUGAUCAUACCUAGAAAAGUUACUUUAGAACUCAGAAUAAAUGGAAAAGAACAUCUUGGGUUUUUUAAAAAGCUGAUUGCCUUAGAUUUAGUUCAGAUUUGGAAGGAUUACAGUAGGGUGGUUUAAUUCAAUAUUCUGUGGAGCUUCUAAAUUGAUUUCUCUUUGUUAAAGUAAAAAAACCUGUCUAAUAUUUGAAUUAAAUAGUUUACAAAGGACAACUUUCUGUCUAAAAUAACUGGUAAGUUGAACUUUGCAGCUGGGUAAUCUGUAGACAUCUCAUGGUUGAUGGAGGUUAUAACAUUGUAUCUAAGUAUGUACAUAUCUGCAAAUAACAAAUAUGAUCAUAGAAGAGUUGGAAGGGGCCUGUAAGGCUAUCAAGUCCAACUCCAUGCUCAAUGCAGUGAAGCUACAGUUGAUGAAAGUAUCACAUUCAGUCAUUGCCAGCAAUUUACCAUAUGUGUGAAACAUCUGUUGUCAUGAAGGGGAAAUUAAAAUCGUCCUAAUGA